AUGUCCGAUCAAAUGCAGGUCGACUCCCAUCCCCCUCCGACGACCGCCCCCGACACCUUUGGGUCGACGGAUAAUACCACCACGUUGAUGAACACAUCCACCGUCGCCAGUCCCGGUCCCAUCGAAGACUCCGCGUCCCAGGAUGGUGAUCGUCCGCGUCAUCGCGACGAGGCAGAGCUGUCCCAGGACGCCAGCAACAAAGCCUUCUCCUACCCCAUGCCCAAUCCAGGUAUCAGCGACCCGCGUCGCGGCCUGAGUCUGCCUUCUUCCGGGUUUAAUAAGGCCGGGCAACGGUCCCCAUCCGCGAAGAAACAUCGCUGUCCGUACUGCUCCACCGAGUUCACGCGACAUCACAACCUCAAAAGCCAUCUCCUCACUCAUAGCCAAGAGAAGCCUUAUGUCUGUCAAACGUGCCAGUCUCGCUUCCGCAGACUCCACGAUCUCAAACGACAUACAAAACUGCAUACGGGCGAGCGUCCACAUAUCUGCCCCAAGUGCGGCCGUCGCUUCGCUCGCGGCGAUGCUCUGGCUCGCCACAACAAGGGCCAAGGCGGUUGUGCUGGACGCAGGGCCAGUAUGGGGAGUUACGCUCCGGAGGAUGAGUACGGCGAGGCGGGAGCCCAUGCCGGUGCGGACGAUGCCAUGGAUGGGCUCAUGUAUGCGGAACCGGAGCGCAUGGAUGAAGAGGAUGAGCGGCGGCUCAACAUGCCGAGUAUCAAGAAACACGACAUGUCAACCGACUCUAUUUCCCGCUCAGACACGGUGACGAACUACCAGCCGCGGCAACCGAGCACAUACCCCCCGAUUGCCGCUGGUCGACCUUCGCCGGGAGGGCUCUAUCCUCCUCCGACCAGCCAUGGUGGCUCGAGUGCUUCGGCUUCGCCCAUCUCGCAACCGGGCAACCUGACCUUCCCCCCUCCCGGACAACCGUCAGGAGCGUCAGUCUUCCAACCCACCAAUGUCACCGAUAGCCCAAAGCCCCUUUCUCCCAACGGGUUGACCUCGCAUCAACUGGGACAUGGACCAGAGAGUCUCCAUCGCUCCCAUUCUCCGGGCAUGGCACAGCCCUUCCAGCAACCACCCUAUGCCAGACCAUCUCAGGCCCCUGUCACGAAUCACACUGCGCCUAGCUUAGGUCUUCCUCCGCCCCAGCUUCCUCCGCCUCCCGGCAUGGGCUCGUCGGAUUCGCGCUUCGCCCUGCAACCGGGCCCCAAGCAUGCACCUUCUCAUAGCCACUCCAGCAAUCACGGCGGGCCCCUCCCGUCCCCGGCGGGACCCGAGACAUCCGCAAACAACGGCGCGCAUCUGCCAAUUCCCCACGACUCGAGCUAUGUGGAACAAGCGCGGGAACGCGAAGAGAAACUCUGGGCUUAUAUCCGUUCUGUUCACGAUGAGGUGAGCAGCCUCAAGACGGAAGUGGCGGCGUUGCGGUCGCAGCUUGCGACGUCGAAUGCCAACGCGCUCCCAACACAUCCCGCGCAUACGGCGCCACCUCCAGCCGACCCUACUCCCGCCAACGCACAGCGAUGA